UCAUUUUUCUGCGACUCAAUUAUAUAGUAUACUGGUGCUAGAAAAGGUGCUAAAUCAAUUAUUGUAGACAUUUUUGCCAUUUUUUUUCCUUAUUUUUUAACCUUCUUCAGUACUUUUCGCCUAAUUUGAAAAAUGUCGUUUGAAAAUCAAAGUUUUGUGGUAGUUGGAGGAGCGAGUGUAGGCGGGAUUGGUCUGGAAUUCGUUAAGGAGCUCUUUUCCAUUGGAGUUGAGAAAAUUGCCAUUUUUGAUGUAAUGGAUCCGAGUAGAGCGAUUUCCGAACUAAAAUCUUUGUUUCCAAAUAAAACCGUUCUAUUUUACAAAGUGGACGUUCGCAAUAGGUCCGAAAUUGAAUGUGCAUUCAAAGAAGUGGUUAAAUCAUUCGGUUAUGUCGAUGUAUUGGUGAAUUGUGCGGGAAUUAUUGAUGAAAGAAGACCCAAAGAUACUAUUGAUAUCAAUUUGACAGGUGUAAUUAAUAGUACUUUGACUGCAAUCGAUUAUAUGGGUGUUAGUAAAGGUGGGCACGGCGGCACGAUAAUGAACAUAGCAUCAGCAGCUGGACUAAGACCAGUGCGAUUUAUUCCUGUGUAUUGUGCCAGCAAACAUGGUGUGGUGGCAUUUACAAGAUCUUUGGCCCAAAAAGAGUUGGCUGCAGAACUUGGUAUUAAGUUCAUUCUGAUAUGCCCUGGAUUUACUGAUACCACUUUAUUAUCAAAUAUGGAAUCAACAUUUUACGGCAAAAAUGUGGCUAAUGAAAUUCCCGAAAUUCUGAAUUCUCAUAGCAUGCAAACAGUGAGUCAAUGUGCCAAAAAUAUGGUGGAAGCAAUGAAAACAUCCGAAAAUGGAUCAACAUGGAUUCUAAUGAAAGGAGAAUUAAAACAAGCCGAAUUGUAGUCAAAUACACAGAGAUUUAUUUUUACAAAUUGAAAUUUGAAUGUGAAAAAACCUUUAAUUCUGAGCAAGUAAUAAAAGAUAUCUAGGCUUUCAACCAGUACACAGAGAGAAAA